AUCCGCGCCCUUCCCCUCUUUUUUCUCUUUCUCUCUCUUAGGGUUUCACAGCGCCGCUUUUGUUUCAUUAUCAUCGACUGAACGAAGUGUGGUUCUCUCACACCCACACUCUCUCUGUCAUUUCAACGAUUCACGCCUUGAGUUGGUUGGGUAUUAGCUUUGCCCUGGGCUUUUACAUUUCUUGUCUGGGCUGAUCAGUUUGAUCUAGGAGACAUUGUUACGAGCUGCAUGAUUUUCACCUGAUAGUUUUGUGGAAGAGGUAAUAUGGCAAUGGAAGUUACCCAAGUCCUCCUAAAUGCACAAUCAGUGGAUUCAACUGUUCGUAAACAUGCAGAAGAGUCGUUGAGGCAGUUUCAGGAGCAAAAUCUUUCUGUGUUCUUAUUGUCUCUUUCUGGAGAACUUGCUGGUGAGGACAAACCAGUUGAUAGCCGUAAACUAGCUGGUUUGAUCCUUAAAAAUGCUUUGGAUGCUAAGGAGCAACAUAGGAAAUAUGAGCUUGUCCAAAGAUGGUUAGCACUAGAUAUGGGUGUGAAAACUCAGAUAAAAGCAUGCUUAUUACAGACGCUUUCCUCGCCCGUGCAUGAUGCUCACUCUACGGCUUCACAGGUCAUCGCAAAAGUUGCAGCCAUUGAGUUGCCUCAGAAACAGUGGCCUGAAUUGAUAGGUUCACUUCUGUCAAACAUUCACCAGGUCCCCGCUCAUGUGAAGCAAGCCACCUUGGAAACUCUCGGGUAUUUGUGCGAAGAAGUUUCUCCGGAUGUGGUAGACCAAGAUCAAGUGAAUAAAAUACUGACAGCUGUUGUCCAAGGUAUGAAUGCAAAUGAGGUGAAUAAUGAUGUCAGGCUUGCAGCUACCAGAGCAUUGUAUAAUGCUCUUGGAUUUUCUCACGCAAACUUUUCCAAUGAUAUGGAGCGUGAUUAUAUCAUGAGAGUUGUGUGUGAGGCUACUUUGUGUCCUGAUGUCAAAAUCCGACAGGCUGCUUUUGAAUGUCUGGUCUCGAUUGCCUCUACAUACUACGAGAAGUUAGCUCCAUACAUCCAGGAUAUUUUCAAUAUCACGGCCAAGGCUGUCAGGGAAGAUGAGGAGCCCGUUGCUCUACAAGCUAUUGAACUCUGGAGCUCAAUAUGUGACGAGGAGAUAGAUAUUUUGGAAGAAUAUGGGGGUGAUUUUACUGCAGACUCAGAUGUCCCAUGCUAUUAUUUCAUCAAGCAGGCUCUCCCUGCUCUUGUACCUAUGCUGUUAGAGACACUUUUAAAGCAAGAAGAAGAUCAGGAUCUGGAUGAGGGUGCUUGGAAUCUUGCUAUGGCUGGUGGUACGUGCCUUGGUUUGGUUGCUCGCACUGUUGGUGAUGAUAUUGUCCCGCUAGUCAUGCCAUUUAUAGAAGAAAACAUAACAAAGCCAGAUUGGAGACAGAGAGAGGCUGCCACAUAUGCCUUUGGUUCCAUACUGGAGGGUCCAUCGCCUGAUAAGUUGACCUCCAUCGUCAAUGUUGCUCUAAAUUUCAUGCUUACUGCACUCACAAAUGACCCUAAUAGUCAUGUUAAGGAUACGACGGCAUGGACACUUGGUAGAAUAUUUGAAUUUCUUCAUGGUUCAACUGUAGAGACUCCCAUUAUUACCCCUGCAAAUUGUCAACAGAUUGUCACGGUUCUGCUUCAGAGCAUGAAUGAUGCUCCCAAUGUCGCUGAGAAGGCCUGUGGUGCUCUCUAUUUCCUUGUGCAGGGUUAUGAGGAUAUUGGGUCCACAUCUCCAAUAACUCCUUUUUUCCAGGAAAUUGUUAAAUCCCUCCUUCAUGUCACUGACAGGGAAGAUGCUGGGGAGUCACGACUGAGGACUGCUGCUUAUGAGACACUGAACGAAGUGGUGAGGUGUUCCACGGACGAGACAGCUUCAAUGGUGUUGCAGUUAGUUCCUAUCAUUAUGACGAAGCUUCACCAAACCCUGGAAGCAGAGAAGCUUUCUUCUGACGGGAGAGAGAAGCAGAACGAGUUACAGGGCCUACUUUGUGGGUGCUUACAGGUCAUUACUCAGAAACUUGGUGCAUCUGAGCCAGCAAAGUAUGCGUUCAUGCAGUUUGCAGAUCAGAUAAUGAAUCUCUUCCUUCGGGUGUUUGCUUGUAGAAGUGCAACUGUGCAUGAGGAAGCUAUGCUUGCCAUUGGAGCUGUUGCCCAUGCAACUGGCCCAGAUUUUGCAAAGUACAUGCCUGAGCUUUACAAAUAUUUGGAAAUGGGUCUUCAAAAUUUUGAGGAGUAUCAGGUCUGUGCUGUCACUGUCGGUGUUGUGGGUGAUAUAUGCAGGGCGUUGGAUGACAAAGUACUGCCUUAUUGUGAUGGAAUAAUGACCCAGCUUCUGAAAGACCUUUCGAGCAAUCAGUUACACCGAUCUGUGAAACCUCCUAUCUUUUCAUGCUUUGGUGACAUAGCUCUGGCUAUAGGAGAGAAUUUUGAAAAGUACUUGAUGUAUGCCAUGCCUAUGCUCCAGAGCGCAGCCGAAUUGUCUGCCCACACAUCAGGCGCUGAUGACGAAAUGAUUGAGUAUACCAAUCUGUUGAGGAAUGGAAUCUUAGAGGCAUACUCAGGGAUAUUUCAGGGAUUUAAGAACUCUCCUAAAACUCAGCUGUUGAUUCCUUAUGCACCUCACAUAUUGCAAUUUCUGGAUAGCAUUUACAUGGAAAAAGACAUGGAUGAUGUUGUGAUGAAAACUGCUAUUGGGGUGCUGGGAGAUUUGGCAGAUACAUUGGGAAGUAAUGCUGGUUCUUUGAUUCAGCAAUCUCUCUCAUGCAAGGACUUUUUAAAUGAGUGUUUGUCCUCAGAUGACCAUUUGAUUAAAGAAUCAGCUGAGUGGGCCAAGAUGGCCAUCACUCGUGCCAUAUCUGUUUGAGGCUCCAACCCCUGGUGUAUAUGAUUUUUUUCCGUCUUAGAAGUCCCUGCAUGCAUAUGGUUGUGUUGAGUCGGGGUCCAUGAUUGCAUUCAACAUGUUGGGUCAUUGGCAUCUACUGAUAAAAGGAGUAACUGAUCUUCAAGUUGUCACUAACUCAUGCAUCAGCACCAAAGGGUUGGGUUGUUUCAUUUUGCCAUGGAAGGAGUGUCGGAAAGUGCCUCUCAGAAUUUGCUGGAGGAGUAACUGAUCUUCAAGUUGUCACUAACUCAUGCAUCAGCACCAUAGGGUCAGGUCGUUUCGUUUUGUCAUGGAAGGAGUGUCUGAAAGUGCUCUCAGAAUUUGCUGGAGGAGUAACUGAUCUUCAAGUUGUCACUAACUUGUGCAUCAGCACCAUAGGGUCCGGUCGUUUCGUUUUGCCAUGGAAGGAGUGUCGGAAAGUGCUUCUCAGAAUUUGCUGGAGGAGUAACUGAUCUUCAAGUUGUCACUAACUCAUGCAUCAGCACCAUAGGGUCGGGUUCUUUUAUUUUGCCAUCGGAGGAGUGUCUGAAAACGCUUCUCAGACUGGCUGAAGGUCCACCCAAAGAAGUAUAACGUUGUUUUUGCUGGAGAUUGGGAUUGGAUAGAGAUGUUGUUGCCAUGAGAUGCGGAAUGGUCAUUUCACGUUGGCUGGUUAUCGAGUAUUCAUUGGUCUAUUUCGUGUUUUUUUUUCCCCUCAUAUUCAGAAUGCAUGCCAUCCCUUUUUUUUUUUUUAAAAAAAUUCGACAAGAUAUGGGGACAGGGUUAAUUCUGUCUCUGUGUCAGUGAAUAUUAAGUGUUUCGUCAUGUUGCAUCAUCAAAUUAGUAGCUAGUAUUACAUUAAAGAGUCCAAAAUUCCAUGCAUCCAUGAAAUCACGGUGCUUCUCUAUUUUUGUCAAGGGUUUUAGAGUACGUAAUUUGUAUGUAUUAAGGGGAAAUAGCCAAAAUUUUCACUAAACUAUUAAAAUGA